AAUUAACAAACUUGUGCUACAUUUUGAGCUCUGCGUGUACAUCCUCUCUUUUGUCUGCCUCAUUACAGAACAAGCCAAACCACCAUGGACCCAGCAGGAGGUGCUCUCUUUGACGGAGAUCGUCAGGGACUCGUGGUCUCGCAUGCAGCAUUAUUGUCUGGACAGGGAGCUGUUUUUUUUCCCUUCUCUCCAGAGAAUGGGAGACUAUGAUGAAGACACAGCGUUCCUCGGACAGACCGGUCCUUACUUCUGGACCACAUUCUUCCUCCUUAACACUGUGUUCAUCUCGACUGGAUUCAACGGGCUCUACUUUGUCUUUGUUGGAGCGGUGCCGAAGCACCACUGUCUCGUUCCGGAGUCCAACCUGACAGAGGAGUGGAGGACUGCCAUCAUUCCCGUCACGGCAGUGGACGGAGAAGCCGUGCAGAGCCAGUGCAGCAGAUACAGGCUGGACGUGGUCAUAAACCUCUCCGCUGAGGGACUCGCUCCUGGAAGGGAUGUUAAUCUCACUGACCUGGAGACAGAAGCCUGUUUAGAUGGAUGGAACUACAGCAAAGAAAUCUACCACUCCAACAUAGUCACAGAGUGGGACCUUGUUUGUGACAACCACUGGAAAGUUCCCUUCUCAUCCUCCAUGCUGUAUGUGGGAUAUCUUUUAGGAUCUUUAAUCUCGGGGCAGCUUUCGGACAGGUUUGGUAGGAAGAAGGUUGUUUUCAUCUCCCUCGCGGCCCAGUGUGUCUCCGUCUUGCUUCAGUCCUUCUCACAUUCAUGGAUCAUGUUCUGCGUCAUGUUCCUCUUCAUCGGAGCCUCCCAGAUAUCCCUCUAUAUCUCUGCAUUUGUACUCGGGACAGAGGUGUUGAGUAAGACCAUGCGAGUGCUUUUCUCAACUCUGGGAGCCUUUCUCUUCUAUUGCAUCGGGUACAUGACGCUGCCCUGGAUCGCAUACGGCAUCAGAGAGUGGAGGACUCUGCUCGCCGUUCUGUCCACAUUUUCUGUGGUCUACAUCCCCCUCUGGUGGUUCAUCCCAGAGUCCCCACGCUGGCUUAUCACUCAGGGAAGAAUAGAGGAGGUGGAGGCGUUUUUGAGAGACGCUGCGAGAAAAAAUAAAGUUGAAGCUCCGUCUGUGAUUUUUAAGAAAUCUGAGCUACAGGACAUAUCUAAAAACAAGACGUACACUAUACUCGACGUUCUGAAAUCCAAAAACAUCCGUUGCAUCACACUAAUGUGUCUCCUCUUGUGGAUGGCAAUAAACAUCGGAUACUUUGGUUUAUCACUGAACACUUCCAACCUGAGCGGAAAUCCCUUCAUGAACUGUUUUCUCUCGGCGGCGUCCGAGGUCCCCGCCUACGUUGUUUCCACAUGGCUGCUGAAGAAAUGUCCGAGGAGGGCACUCCUGUCCUCCUUUCUCAUCAUUGGAGGAGGAGUUCUGCUGCUGAUCCAGUUCAUCCCUGACACUCUUUACAACUUUGCCCUGGCUCUGGAAAUGACUGGGAAAUUUGGCUUCACCAUUGCCUUCAGCAUCGUCUACAUCUACACGGCCGAGAUUUACCCCACUGUGCUCAGAAACGUCGGCAUGGGAAUGUGCUCUUCCGCGGCCCGUAUUGGCAGCAUCACGGCUCCUUAUAUCAUCUAUUUAGGCACUUACAGUAAGGCUCUGCCUUAUAUCCUCAUGGGGAGUCUGACCAUUGCCUCCUCUGUGGUGAAUUUGUUUCUCCCAGAGACUCUGAAUAAAGAUCUCCCAGAAACGUUGGCACAGAUGCAAGAAUGUCAGGGGUUGUGCAUUGGAACCAAGAAGAGAAAAUACGUCGAAAAUGAAGUAAACUCUCCGACACAACAUGAGGGGAAAGCUGAUGUACCAGGGCUUACCGUGUAAUCUCCAAGAGGGAAGAAAGACAGAUGCACACCAAGGAUUAAACAAUCACUUUCAAAGAACUGCUUUUUUUUUACACACGUAUAUAUAUAAUUUUAAUAAUUACUAUUUUUUUAUACAGUAGAUGCUGUUUUGAUGUAAUUCACAAAGUAUUUCCAAAUUUUUUGUAUUUGGGGGGAGUUGAACAUUUGAGAAACUUGGUAAUCUGAGUAGAUUAUAAUUGUGCGUCAAACAAUAGAUGUAAAAAAAUGAAUAUAUGAAACCUUGAA